CUCCCAGUAAUGACUUCCUCCUCAAACCGGGCCUCCUCUGCCUCCUGUGCACAAGUGACAAAUCUGGCCCCAGGACGAAUGAUGGAAAAGACUGAUGAUUCCUGAGCAACAAACAGAACAGUUUUCAUACAUGGUUCCAGAAAAUUACAGAAAGAGGAAUGUCUGGUUUUUGGAAAUGGGAGCGAAGGAAAGCAAAACCAUUUCAUCGCCCAAGACUCCUACGAGAACAGAUUGUGGGAGCGGAACCAGAACCAUUACCAGCAGCCAAAGUGUGCCAAGGAAGUUAAUGCAAUCAGCCAAAGCCAUCCCCGUGUGGCCGGACAACAGUGUGCGCUGGCUGAGGAAGUACGAUGUCUACAUCUGUCACAGCAGGGAGGAGCCCGACUGCUCUUAUGCAGUGGAUAUGCUUUCAUACCUGGAGCAGGAGCCGGAGAAGUUGCGGUGCUUCCUUCCAAUGAGGGACAUGUUGGCAGGGGGUGCUAUAACCUCAGAGAUGUGCAGCGGCUUAGAAAGCAGCCACUGCUGGGUGAUGCUGCUGACCCCACAUUUCCUGUCAGACAGCUGGUGUAAGUACCAGAUGCACCAGUUCCUUGCACAGGCACCAUGCUCAAAUGGACGCUUAAUCCCGGUUAUGAUCGGACUGUCAUUUGCACAGUACCCACCAGAAGUGAAGCAUAUGUACGCAUUCAAGGGUGCAUUUAAUGACAACAGUGUGUUCAUCAAAAUCAAAGCAGCCAUACUGAUGUAUCUAAAGGAGAUGAUAACUGUUACAAGUGACAAGAUUCCCGCACAUACACCACCAAGUAGCAGGACCCCUGAAAGAAGCCAGAGCACCAGUAAGCCUGUAGGAAAUAGCCAGGAGGAAAGUUCAGUGACCAAGGAGUCUACAAGUGACACGUCCAGUAGAAUAUCAAUGACUCAGGAGGUCACAAGUGAUGUGUCCAUGGGAAGCUCAGUGAUACAGGAGAUCACCAGUGACAUGUCAAUGAGAAGUACAGUGACUCAGGAGGUCACAACCAGUGGCAUGUCCUCAAGGAACCAAAUGACUCAGGAGACCACCAGUGACAUGUCCAUGAGAAGCUCAGUGACACAGGAGACCACCAGAGACAUGUCAAUGGGAAGCUCAUUGAUUCAGGAGUUUACUACUGACGUGUCCUCAAGAACCUCAAUGACAGAGGAGACUGCCAGUGAUGUGUGCUUGAGUCGUUCAGUAACAGAGAAGACCACCAGUGACAUGUCCAUGACAAGCUCACUGACACAGGAGACCACCAGGGACAUGUCCAUUGAAAGCUCCUUAAGAAACCCAAUGACACAGGAAGCCAACAGUAACAAAUCCUUAAGAAUCCCAGUGACCCAGGAGGCCACCAGUGAAAUUAGAUUAAGAAGCUUAGUGUCAGAGAAGCCCUCUAGUGACACAUCCACAAGAUGCUCUUUUACCAGGCAGGAGACCACUCAUGAUGUGUCGAUGAGCAGCUCUGAGACUUCCUGUCUUUCUUUGUCACCACCAAAUAUGAAGAAUAGAGAUGUUUGUACAGAUUAUAAAUGCACCAUGGCAGUGACCAAGGACUCAAUCAGCGGGGAAACGCCAAUAGACACAGGAGACUCAGAGAUGCUGCUCAGGAGAAGAGGAUUGUUAAUAGUAUCCAAGUUCCUGUGUAAGCCACAGAGCUGGAGAAUCUGAUGUUGGAUGUAGAUGUCAUCAAUGGAGGGUCUCGGUCUACUGUGGACACGUUUGUAGAGUCGGGGUGACCAAUUUAAAAAAAUGGGAAAAUAUGUUUUUUUUUUCAUUAGUAACAUAAUAUUAAAGUAUCAGAACUUCCCCCCCUCAUAAUUUAUACUGCAGUUAAUACAGGGGCGGACUGAGAAGCCCCAGGAGAACAGUGACUGAUGGUAAUUUCACUAGUCCUGGCCGAUUGGCCUAUGGUUAUGCAAAUCUGUCCCUGGAUUUAAAGGGUUGUUCCAGGGGGAAAAAUAUAUUUAAAAUAUCUCAAUAGGGAGAGAAGAAAUAUAAAAAAAGGCAUGCACACCUCACUGAUCGCCUGCUGCUCCUGUUCGGUGGAUGCUUGGCCUCCUGUUGUUCUCUACUUCCUGCUGCAGGAAUGAUGUCCGAAUAAAGGGUCCAGUGACUGCUGUGGCCAAACAUGGGCUGCAGAUAUGGAAUGGUCAUCUGUCCCUGUGUCAAGACGUCAGCAGGAAGUAGGAAACAACAGGGCACUGGCACCAUCGGAACGGGAGUGGCGAGAGAUCAUUGAAGUGAGUGUUUCUGUUUUUGCAUACUUCCGAUUUUCCCAGAGCCAUACCUUUUUUAUUUUUCCAUUCACAUAGCCGUAUGAGGUGUUUGUUUUUUGCAGGACUAGUUGCAAUUUCUAAUUUUAUCUGUUAUUUAUUUUUCUAGAGCGGGCGCCAUCUUUAAAGAGAUAACAUGCAUCGUAUAUGUAUGGCGCAUGUCAUCAAGGGGUUAAAGGGCUGGUCCAAUCUGUCAGUGAAUCAUUGUAAAAUUAAAAGUUCUGCAACUUUCUAAUAUAGUUUGCGUUGCAAUUCCUCAUCAAUUUUAAAGAUCUUUGCUUGCUGACAGGUAAUGGAAACAAUCAGAAGUAAAAUAAAACUGCCCUGACCUAAAACUUCACAGCCAAGGGUUUGUUAUAAUGUGUCCAGUCCAAGCACUCCUGUGAGCUCAAGUCCCAGCUCCUGGCUGACACACUGUAACAGUGUGUCAUCUUCACAUUAUGCAGUGAUUAACUUUAUGUACAUGACUGGAGUAGCCCUUUUAGGCAUUUUUUUGUUUGAUAUUUCAUGACUGUAUUGACAAAGGUUUAUGCUGUAAUAAAGCUGCUAGUUACGUAUCCGUUUUGUUACCUUGUGACCACAUUGAUCACUGAUGCUGCAUAUUACUGCAGUGUAGUGUCCAUUUAGUGCAAAGGUGUCUUCCAAGGAGCAGUCAUAAGAUCCAACAUAACUUUCAUCCAGCUCCACAGGGAUCAAAACUUCUUCCUCUUUAUUGUAUCAUAUUAAAAGUGACCACGGCAUGCAGUAGGUACAUUAAUGGCUACGUGCAGGGGCAG